GUUCUAUAAUUUAUUGUUGUUCAUAUGUAUUGUAUUUUAUUCAUUUCAGAACAUCCUAGUCGUCUUUUGGCAGUGAACUUUUUGCGACUGAUAGCAGUGACAUGGCUCACGAACUAGAGAACGUUGAGAAUGAGAAACCGUUUACCGUGUUCAGUUUGGCUAUGAUGGCGUACAGAACGAGUAACGAAAUUGAACGGAAUGCGUACAACUUGCUCGGCGUGCCAAAUUUGAAUUUGGGUGAAUGUUGCACAUUACUGUUCGAAAUCAUUAACCAUAACUCAACAAUUUGUGAUCCAAACCAGUCUAAUGACAAGCGGGACAUGUUUAUCAAAGUGACGCAAAUCUUCCCAGAUUAUAAAAAAAAGUUCGAACAAAUAUGCAACAUGGCCGUGGAUUGUGGACACUUUGAUUGUCUGAGGAUGGCCCACGAAAUGGGCUGUCCGUGGGACGAGACAACGACCAUGCGUGCUGUGCAACGGAGGCUCCUACAAUGUUUGAUGUAUGCGCACGAACACGGUUGUCCCUGGGAUAAACGAACAUGUAGCGAGGCAGCAAAGAGCGGUCAAAUAGAAUGCCUGGUGUACGCACACGAUAACGGGUGCGAAUGGACCAAAGCAACUUGCAACGGAGCGGCGUUAGAGGGUAACUUAGAGUGUCUUAUGUAUGCACAUACUAGAGGAUGCCCUUGGAACUUCAAUACGACCAAGUCGGCCGCAGCCGGUGGACACCUAAACUGCCUAAUGUACGCUCACAGUAAUGGGUGUCCCUGGGAUUCAACUACGACUUCUAUGGCCUCGUCUAAUGGACAUCUGAUUUGCUUGAUGUAUGCACACAAUAAUGGGUGCCCUUGGAACGCGGAUACGACUACUUUUGCCGCAGCUGGUGGACAUCUGGACUGCCUGGCAUACGCGUUCAAUAACGGGUGCGCGUGGACCAACUCGACGUGCGCCUCGGCGGCGGACAUGGGCCACAUGGAUUGCCUGGUAUUCGCGUUCGAAAACCAGUGUCCACGGGACGAGUGGACGUGCAGCUCGGCGGCGAGAAAUGGUCACCUCGAGAUACUCGUAUAUGCGCACGAGCACCACUGUCCUUGGGACAUGUGGACGUGCGUGUACGCCGCGCAACGGGGACAUUUGGACUGUCUUGCUUACGCAUUUAUCAACGGUUGCCCGUGUGAUGAAUUCACGUGCAGCGAGGCAGCGAGAUGCGGCCAACUGGAAUGUCUUGAAUAUCUGCGUGAUAACGAAUGUCCUUGGGGCGAAGGUACACCUCAAUCAGCCGCUAGCGAAGGACGUCUAGAUUGUUUGAUGUUCGCGGUUAAAAACUGUUGUCCGUGGAAUUCUAACACUUGCUCUGCCGCUGCGUUGUACGGGAAGAUAGACUGCCUGCGCUAUGCACACGAACAUGAGUGCCCAUGGGACUUGUUCACGUGCGCGUUCGCCGCAUCCGGAGGAAACCUCGAAUGUUUAGCGUACGCGCACGAAAACGGGUGUCCGUGGGACGAGAAGACGUGUUCCGAGGCGGCGGCGAACAACAGUAUGGAAUGUUUGUUGUACGCGCGCAAUAACGGUUGUCCGUGGGACAGUUCGGUGUGCAGCCAUGCGGCAUACAAAGGCCAUUUCAGUAUACUGAAGUACGCGCGAGAAAACGGUUGUCCUUGGGAUACCACUAUACCCGAGUAUGCCGCGGGACAAGGACACCUCGAAUGCCUCAUAUACGCGUAUGAAAAUCAGUGUCCGUGGGACGCGACUACGUGCUUAAACGCUGCGAUAAACGGGAAAAUCGAAUGCUUGCGAUAUGCUCACGAGCACGGGUGCCCGUGGGACUCGGACACGUGCUCGUUCUCGGCGCGAACAGGAAACUUGGAAUGCCUGCAAUACGCGUACGAACAUGGAUGCCCGUGGGACUCGGACACGUGCUUCAAUGCCGCGAUGAUUGGCAGUAUAGAAUGUCUUCGAUAUGCUCACGAGCACGGGUGCCCGUGGAACUUGACCAUUUGUUCGAUAGCCGCCAACCGGGGCAAUAUUGAAUGUUUGCAAUACGCACACGAGAACGGGUGCUUGUGGGAAUCGGACACGUGCAUGUAUGCCGCCAUGAACGGGUACAUUGAGUGCCUGCGAUAUGCGCACGAGCAUGGAUGCACUUGGGAUUCGGAAACGUGCAAGAAUGCUGCGGAGAAUGGUAAUUUGGAGUGUCUGCAAUACGCACACGAGAACGGGUGUCAUUGGAACUCUGACACGUGCAAGUACGCCGCGAUUAACGGGCACAUCGAAUGUUUGCAAUACGCAUUCGAGAAUGGGUGCACGUGGAACUCAAACACGUGCAAGUUCGCGGCGGGGAAUGGUCAACUCAGAUGCCUACAAUAUGCGCACGAGAAUGGGUGCCCGUGGGACUCGGAUACAUGCCGGUACGCCGCUGAGAACGGGCACAUGGAGUGCCUGCAAUAUGCGCACGAGAACGGGUGCCCGUGGGACACGAGAACAUGCUCUGGUGCUGCGGGAAAGGGCAAGAUCGAUUGUCUACAAUAUGCGCAUGAGAACGGGUGCCCGUGGAACUCGGAGACGUGCCUUAACGCCAUGAUGUACAAGAAGUUCGAAUGUUUGCAAUAUGCGCACGAGAACGGGUGCCCGUGGGACGCGUACACGAUGAAAUGGGCCGCGUGGAAUGGGGAUGUCGAAUUCAUGCGGUAUGCACAUGAAAACGGGUGCCCGUGGGACCAUCACACGUGGACGGCUGCGCUCAGAUCUGGGAACAAGGAGUGUCUAGAUUAUGCCGCAGAACACGGAUGCCCGCGAUCAAUGGUACAUUCAUCGUUUUUGUUAUUCCAUUAUUGAGGCAAUAAUCACUUUGAUUGAACUAGUGUACACGCGGAACGACCAUUUUGCCCCUAGAUCUAAAGUCAUUGAGUACCUCGAGUACACGUGUUGAA